AUGACCCAAAAAGAAGAAGAAAAGAAAAACAUGGAAGCUGCUAAAAAGCUGAAACCGCCGUUCAUCACAAAAACAAUUGACAAAGCCAUGGACAAUUCCAUGCAAGAGAGGUUGAUUAGUCCAGAAUCAGAACAGGUGGGGAAUUUCAAAGGGAGGAUUUCUGAAGAAUCCAAGAAAAUAUGGAGGGUUGCCUUGCCAAGUAUUAUAUCAAGAGUAUCUUCAUUUGGAACCAUAGUUGUAACUCAGUCAUUUGUUGGACACAUUAAUUCAUCUGAUCUUGCUGGUUAUGCACUUGUUCAGACCUUAAGCGUUCGAUUCGUAAAUGGAAUACUGAUAGGAAUGUCAAGUGCAACAGAAACUCUCUGUGGGCAAGCAUUUGGAGCAAAACAGUACCAUAUGAUGGGGAUUUUCUUGCAAAGAUCAUGGCUUGUGGAUCUCAUCACACUAACGAUCUUACUUCCUGUUUUUCUAUUCGCAACACCAAUAUUUAAACUACUAGGCGAGGAAGAAUCUAUCGCAAAAUCCGCUGGUUAUAUUUCUCUGUGGUUCAUCCCAAUUGUUUACAGCAUGGUUUUCUCUAUGACGAUCCAAAUGUAUCUACAAGCACAACAAAAGAACAUCGUUAUUGCAUGGCUAUCCAUUAUAUCAUUUGUAAUGCACAUUCCCUUAUCUUGGCUUUUUGUCUACAUACUGAAUUGGGGAAUUUCUGGUGCCAUGGGGGCGCUCUGCAUAUCUUCGUGGUUUCUAGUCAUUGGAGAGUUUGUAUAUAUCUUAGGAGGUUGGUGCCGUGACACAUGGAAAGGAUUCACUAUAGCCGCAUUCAAGGACAUGUUGCCAGUGGUGAAACUUUCAAUAUCCUCUGGUGUAAUGAUUUGCUUGGAGUUGUGGUACUAUGCCAUUCUGGUUUUACUGGCAGGAUACAUGAAAAAUGCGAAGGUUGCCAUAUCUGCCUUUUCUAUUUGCCUUAAUAUAGUGGGAUGGGAAGCUAUGAUUAGUGUUGGCAUGAUGGGUGCUGCAUGUGUUCGAGUUGCAAACGAGCUUGGGAGAGGAGACGCGAAGGCUGUGAAGUUUUCGAUUAAAGUCGUGACCAGUACUUCAGUAUCGAUAGGGCUAUUCUUUUGGAUUCUUUGCUUAGUAUUUGGCAAUAAAAUUGGAUAUUUAUUCGCGAAUGAUGAAGAAGUUGCACAUAGUGUUGCUGAUCUUUCUAUGCUACUUGCUUUCUCAGUGUUGCUGAGUAGUAUCUAUCCAAUAUUCUCAGGGGUAGCAAUUGGAGCGGGUUUACAAACGACAGUUGCAAUUAUUAAUAUUAUUUGCUUCUAUAUAAUUGGAAUACCAGUUGGAGCUUUACUUGGAUAUGUUACUCAUCUUCAAGUUAAGGGCAUAUGGAUUGGGAUGUUAUGUGGAGUGGUCGCAGAGACACUAGCAUUGAGCUUCAUGAUGUGGAGAACAAAUUGGGAUCAUGAGGUAGCUAAAGCUUUAGCACGCCUCAAAAAGUGGUACUUAAAGUCUCCUGAUGAGACUGAUCAAAAGUCUGACCAUGCUUGA